AUGCGAGCUGGAUCGCCUCCGACACCCGGUUCAAAGUCCUGGUGGAAGACGAUACCUAAGCGAAGCAAUGAUAUUGAACCUCACGGACCGGGCCACCCUUCCACGGAUCAAUCUCCGACGAAAAGCAAAACCUUAAGCAGAGUCGAAACUACCGACCAACAAAGGCAACAGCGACAGGAGCCUGGGAGUGAUGCCUCAGCAUUUGACUCAUCACAACAGAUAUCACUGCAAGCUCAUCCACGCGUGAAGCAAGAACCUAGUCACGAGCAACUUGUCACCCAACUCAAACGCCCUGCUCACGAUCCAGAGGUCACUUGGCCAAACAAGGUUCGCUCGCACGACGAUCGAGGUUCAGCCUCGCCUUACUCCCCUCGUCAUGAGCAAGCCUUGUCCCAUGUCCCGUCGCCACCAAUAGACUCGACAAGGACACCGACCCCUUCGGCUGGCUUCCGAUCGGCCCAGAGAACUCCACUCUCAUCUCCUAAGCUGUCUUCACCUGUGCCAGUCACUGGAGCUCGUCAACACUUACGUCAGUCGUCUCAUUUGCUCCAAGAAAAAAGCAGUUUCAUGUCGUCGCCAGACCCGGCCUCCAUUCACCCGCAAGAUGUUCCGUCCGGAAAUGAGACCAAGAUGUUGUUACAGCCCGAGACAAGACCUAUCUCACAAGAACAACUCGUCAACGAAGUUAAGGGAAUAUACGCAGGACUCGUGAUGGUCGAAAAGAAGUGUGUCGAGAUUUGCCAACAACAGUCUCAGACAACUAACAAAUUGUCGAACGAGCAAUGGCAAGCAUUGAUCGCGCUCCAUCGCACACUUCUACAUGAGCACCACGACUUCUUCCUGGCCAGCCAACAUCCCACGGCUUCUCCUACACUCCGCCGUCUACCCACCAAGUAUGCUAUGCCGGCUCGAAUGUGGAGACAUGGUAUCCAUUCCUUCCUCGAAUUGCUCCGCCACCGGCUCCCACAUUCUCUUGAGCAUAUGCUCAGCUUUGUCUACCUCGCUUAUCAGAUGAUGGGACUGCUGAUGGAAUCAGUUCAUGCAUAUCAUGAGACGUGGAUCGAAUGCCUGGGCGAUCUAGCCCGUUAUAGAAUGGCCAUCGAGGAAGCUGACAUGCGCGACCGAGAAAACUGGUCAGGAGUUGCAAGGAUGUGGUACAACAAAGCCGCUGAUCGUUCGCCCACAACAGGAAGAAUUCAGCAUCACCUUGCCGUCCUGGCUAGGCCAAACGUUGUUCGCCAAUUGUUCUUCUAUUCGAAGGCGCUUGUCAGUGGAAUCCCCUUUGUUAAUGCUCGGGACUCUAUCAUGCUACUGUUCUCGCCUUUCCUGGACCACUAUGAGACCACAAGUCAAAAGUACUCAAGAUUGGAAGGCUCCCUGGUCACCGCAGCUGGCAUCCUGUUCACCCGAGGCUCCGUGUAUGAUUAUUGCAGGCAUAUCAUCGAUUUCAUCACUGAGCUUGACGCUUACAUUAGCAGAUCCGGAUCCAAUUGGAAGGUGCAAGGACCAGAAGUUGCUUCUUCCUUGGUUGCCUUGCUUCUGGAUUUUGGUGCUGAGGACAACUUUCUUUGGAGAGCUUAUUGUAACAAUUCGGACACCAUCAGACAAAUCCAGACGGCAAGGUCGUCGGAUCCAUCAACGGAUGCUGUGCAGGUCGAAGACCCAACAAUCAAGCAAGAAAUCCAGCAGAGGUAUUGGGGCAACGUCCCAAUCAGUACAGCGACCCAGGCUGCUCCUGCAACUGGUGGCCGAUUCGGAGCCAACUUCGUAUCGUCUGAUGAGGUCACUUCAUACGUUCUGCCAGUGUGGGGCGCUGCCAUCGGUAUUGUUGCAGGAAAGAUCGGCGAUCGAAACAUUUUGCCAUUCAUGCACUUUAUGUUAGGAUUCCUAUGGAGUUUGUCAUACGUUCCCGGAGCCCUUGUCUAUCUCGAAGAAUACGUUCCAUGGGCGAAGCUGGUCAAGGCGUUGAAUUCCAUAAGUCGAUCUGGUGUUGCUGAUGCCACGGUUGAGUCCAGCGAUUUCCCUCAGCAGAGAUCCGGAUUAGGUCUUCAAUUGCCCGAAGACUUCCCAAUGCGAGGUCUCAAAUGGUCCUCUGGCUAUGUCUACCCACCAGACUUCUUCGAGCGAGAGGUGGUUGACGAAGAUGAGCGCACCCUGGAAAUUCCAAGCCAUGCAGCACCACGCGCUGAAAGAUGUCUCUGGCUGGGUGUCAGACUUGCAUCUCUCAAACGCUACAUCACUUAUGACUUCCAGACGAAACAGUUCGCUUGCACUGCUUUUGCGCUGACUUUGAACAACGAUGCGCUCAUUCAUACGUUGCAGCUCCAACCGCCUGCCGGCCCUGACCAAGAUGCCGCAAUGGCUGACGUGGUCCCGUGA